UUCACCCUGCCGCAGUCUGCAUCCAGCUUAGAGAUGAGCUACCCACUGGACUACCUCUACGGCCACGGAUCCUAUCGCAGGACACCACAGGGACACUCUGCCCGGCCCGCCGCUUCCCUCUCCUCCUCCGGCUACCACUCCCAGCCAUGGACGACCUCCCAGCGCCACCGCCCGGCCUACAGCCAGGCAGCCUCUGCCGACAGCUUGGAAAUCUUUAAUGGCGACAUGACUCGGAGGAACGAGAAGGAGAUUCUGCAGACACUCAACGACCGGUUCGCCGGUUACAUCGACAAGGUGCGGAACCUCGAGCUGAUUAACUCGAAUCUGGAGCAGGAAGCGGCUGCGCUGCGACAGAGCCAGACCGGGCGCGCUACCGUUGGAGAGCACUAUCAGCGUGAGCUGGGGGACCUGAGGGUUAUGGUCCAGCAGUUGACCGGGGAGAAGGCACGCACACUCUUGGAGCAUGACCACCUUGAAGAGGACAUCCAGCAUGUGCGGACCAGGCUCGAGGACGAGGCACGCAGCCGGGAGGAGCUGGAAGCCGCAGCACGCGUCAUGAACAAGUAUGUGAAUGAGUCUGGGCUUGCACGGCUGGAGCUGGACAAGAAGCUGUUCGCGCUGCAGGAAGAAGCCGCGUUCCUGAAGAAGAACCACGAGGAUGAGGUGGCCGAGAUGCUAGCACAGAUCCAGGGUACACAGGUGAGGUUCGAGGCUCGAGACACGAUCAAGGCGGACGUGACGAGCGCGCUGCGGGAGAUCCGUGCUCAGCUGGAUGGCCACGCGACCAAGAGCGCAAUGCAGGCAGAGGGAUGGUUCAAAGUGCGUAUGGAACGGUUGGCGGAUGCAGCUCACUCUAAUACGGAUGCAAUCCGCGGUGCCCAAGAGGAGAUAGCCGAGUAUAGACGGCAGCUGCAGAGCCGCACCAUCGAACUGGAGACCCUCAAAGGAACCAAGGAGUCUUUGGAGAGACAACGCAUGGAUAGUGAGGACAGACACCAUGGGGAUAUCCACUCCCUACAGGAGACCAUCCACCAGCUGGACGGUGAGCUGAAGAGUACUAAGUGGGAGAUGGCCAGUCAGCUGAGAGAAUAUCAGGAGCUGCUGAAUGUCAAGAUGGCUCUGGAUAUAGAGAUAGCUGCCUACAGGAAGUUGCUGGAAGGGGAGGAGACUCGGUUCCUAUCUGGGCCAAGCCUGUUCUCCUACUCCUCCGUUCACCUUAAGCUUAAGGGGGAGGAGCUCUCAGACACAGUCAUACUGGAGGAACAGACGGAUGAGACACAGGUCACUGAGGUGACAGAGGAAGGAGAGGAAGAGAAGGGCGAAGAGAAUGAAGAGGAAGUAAAGGAUGAGGAAGAGGAUGAGACCAAAGCUGAGGUAGGAGAGGGGGAAGGAUCUGAGGAUAAGGGAGGAGAGGAGGAAGAGGGUGUUAAGGAGGAAGAGGAAGGAUCUGAGGAUAAGGGAGGAGAGGAGGAAGAGGGUGAUAAGGAGGAAGGGGAAGGAUCUGAGGAUAAGGGAGGGGAGGAGGAAGAGGGUGAUAAGGAGGAAGAGGAAGGAUCUGAGGAUAAGGGGGAAGAGGAGUCAGGUGAGGAGAAAGAGAAGUCUAAGUCACCUGAGGAGGCUGCUUCUCCAUCUAAGUCUCCCACCAAAACCCCCCAGCCCAAAUCUCCCGCCGUCAAAUCCCCUGAAUCCAAAUCACCCCCAGCCAAAUCUCCCCUCCCCAAAUCACCCGCCAAGUCUCCUGCCCCCAAAUCUCCCACGGAGAAAUCUCCCCAGCUCAAAUCUCUGGCUGUGAAAUCACCAUCUAAAUCUCCCCCUAGCAAAUCCCCAGAGUCUAAGUCCCCUCCUCCCAAGUCCCCCCUCCCCAAGUCUCCUGAACCCAAGUCCCCCAUCCAGGAGAAGGCCAAGCCCCCUGCAGAAGACAAACCAGCCAAGGAGGAGAAGAAGGAGAAGGAACAACCCCAGCCUGUAAAAGAGGAGAAGAAACAGGAGCCAGAACCCAAGGAGAAAGAGAAGAGUGGGAGCCAGCCUAAAGAGAAGGCUGAGGAGAAGACAGACAAACCAGAUCCCAAGAAGGAGAGCAAGCCAGAGGAGACCCCAACACCUGCCCCUCCUGCCGCCGCCUUGGCCAAGCCUGCAGAGGAGAAGCCCGCCCCCGCCAAGGAGAGCCCCACCCCUGCUAAGAAGGAAGAUGAGAAACAGGCCCCAUCCAAAACAGACGACAAACCUCAGGCAGAGUUGAAGCCUGCCCCCAAAGAAUCACCAGAGAAAACAGAGAGCAAGAAAGAGAAGAAACCAGAGCCCAAAGAGGAGGUGAAGGAGGACAAGCAGGAGGCCUCUAAAGGGUCUGACAGUAAAGAGGUUAAGGAUACGAAGGUGGAAGGGAAGGCAGAGAAGGACGAAAAGUCCUCCAGCACUGAGGUCAAAGAGAAAGCCAUGAAGUGAAUCACUAACGCGUUGUGUAUGAGCCGAGAGAGAGAGACAGAGAGAGAGAGAGAGAGACA